UGUUACAAAAAGAGCGCAGAAGAAGCUUCCACAGGUCGUAGUGACAGAGACAUGGCGGCCUUUAGUAAGUACUUGACAGCGAAGAACUCCUCCAUAGCAGGCGGUAUUUUGUUGUUUUUGUAUCUGCUCAAAGUGAGAAUACGGUCAGACAGGCAAAACAGGAGAACAGGCAGUUCAGCGUUGAUGCUGAACACAGAGAAAGAUGGCAAAAAGGACCGUGCAGCAGUGGACAAGGUGUUCUUCCUCCGACUGCUUCGUAUUCUGCGGAUUAUGGUGCCUCGCUUUUCUGCAUGGAGGUGUGUUACUACAGGCUGUCUCUUCCUAAUCGCUGUCAUGCUAGUCGCCAGGACCUACUGUGAUGUGUGGAUGAUCCAAAAUGGCACCAUGAUAGAAAGUGCAAUUAUUGGUCGCACAACUAAAGAUUUCAAGAGGACCUUGUUCAGCUUUAUCAAAUUCAUGCCUCUUGUAAGUGUCCUAUUUUUUUUUUCUCCUCUUGUUUGGGGGCUUAAUGAAUUGAAGCUUAGGUUUCGUGAGAGACUCACCAAGAACCUCUAUGAUCAGUAUCUGCAGGGUUUCACUUACUACAAAAUGGGAAAUCUGGACAACCGGAUAGCUAAUGCAGAUCAACUUCUCACACAGGAUGUGGAGAAGUUUUGCAACAGUGUGGUAGACCUCUACUCCAACCUCAGCAAGCCUCUCUUGGACAUUGGUUUGUACAUCUUCAAGCUGACAAGUGCCAUUGGUGCUCAGGGACCAGCCAUUAUGAUGGCCUAUUUGCUGAUCUCUGGUCUGUUCCUGACCAGACUGAGGAGACCCAUUGGGAAGAUGACUGUCACUGAACAACGCUUUGAGGGAGAGUACCGCUAUGUCAACUCUCGCCUAAUCACAAACAGCGAGGAGGUUGCUUUCUAUAACGGAAACUUGAGGGAAAAACAGAUCAUUCAUGCGACCUUCAAGAAACUGGUAGAUCACUUACAUAAUUUUAUAUUCUUUCGUUUCUCCAUGGGCUUUGUUGACAGCAUGAUUGCCAAGUAUGUGGCCACUGUGGUGGGCUACCUGGUGGUUAGCCGGCCAUUCCUAAACCUGGCCCACCCUCGACAUUUAAACAGCACACAUUCUGAGCUGCUGGAGGACUACUAUCAAAGUGGACGGAUGCUUCUGAGGAUGUCCCAGGCUUUGGGCAGGAUUGUAUUGGCUGGUCGUGAGAUGACCCGUCUGUCAGGGUUUACAUCUCGCAUCAAUGAGAUAAUGAAUGUCUUGAAUGAGCUCAACUCUGGCAAAUAUGAACGCACCAUGGUCUCUCAACAAGAGCGAGAAUCGGACCCUGCACAGAAGAUCAUAUUGGUGCCUGGAGCUGGCCAAAUUAUUAACAGAGACAACAUUAUCAAGUUUGACCACACUCCACUAGCAACACCGAAUGGAGACCUCCUCAUCAGAGACUUAAAUUUUGAGGUGAAGUCUGGCACCAAUGUUCUUGUUUGUGGACCAAAUGGCUGUGGAAAGAGCUCUCUGUUCAGAGUGCUUGGAGAGCUCUGGCCUUUGUUUGGAGGGCAGCUGACAAAACCAGAGAGAGGAAAACUCUUCUACGUUCCACAGAGACCCUACAUGACUCUUGGUUCUCUCAGGGACCAAGUCAUAUAUCCCGACACCCAUGAAGAGCAGAUGCAGAAAGGAAUCUCUGAUCAGGUGUUGAAGGAGUAUCUGAACAAUGUUCAGCUGGGUCACAUCUUGGACAGGGAGGGUAGCUGGGAUGCUGUACAGGACUGGAUGGACGUUCUCAGUGGAGGAGAGAAGCAGAGAAUGGCUAUGGCCAGACUGUUCUACCACAAGCCUCAGUUUGCUAUUCUAGAUGAGUGCACAAGUGCAGUGAGCGUAGACGUGGAGGAUUAUAUCUACAGUCACUGCCGCAAGGUUGGUAUCACCUUAUUCACAGUGUCCCACAGGAAGUCUCUGUGGAAACAUCACGAGUUUUACCUGCACAUGGAUGGAAGAGGAAACUAUGAGUUCAACCCAAUCACAGAGGAAACUGUGGAGUUUGGCUCAUAACCAUCUGACACCAGCUGAAAGUGCACUUCUGAUAAAGCCAGUCCAGUAAUUUUUAAAACCAUAAACAGAAGAAGGAAAUUGUUUUUAAUUGUAACUUUUUGCAUUCCAGCCUUUUUCCUUUACUUUUAUUCAAAAGCAUCACUUUAAAUCCUAAUGCACUGAGAUUGUUUCUACUAAGAGGUCUGUAGUCUAAUUUUAAGUCUUUGCUGCACACUUGGUCUUCACUGGAACAGCAGUUAGCUUUAUGUAGAUGAACUCAGGGCCACAGUGGCCACUGAGGCUUCAUUUCACACAGCAAACUGUAUUCUGCACAUUUAUGCACAGUAUGAAUGCACAGGGCGGUGGCAGCAGGCUGUCAGUCAUACUUCAGUGUGAUAUA